AUGCCAGUACCGACUCGUCGUAUUUCGGAUGAGUUUGACGAAGCCGUGGUCAUCAGCCAGAGUGAGGCGGACAUGGACACACCCUUAGGGCAUAUCCCGACAAGGGGUGGUGCCGUCACAGAGCCAGUCUCAGAGGCCCAGCUCGUGAGCCUCGACAGCAGCCCUCGAGAGUCCGUCCAGGGGUCGGCGAGUCAUUCGUCGAGUCACUCUAUCAGCAUGACGGUGGAGCAGUCGCCCUCGAGAAACGAGAUGACUGCGGAGGAGUCUACCACUGUCUCCCACCCAGGCGAAGGGGCCGAUGAAGACAGCGCGUUUAUGGAGACCCUCAACUUGCUGCAGGAGGAACUUCAGGGAGUUCGUGAGACUAUAAGGUUUCAUCAGGAGAGACCUCUUUCUCCUGUCCAAGUCACUCGCGUCAGACUCGAUCAAUCUCCCGGGACGGAGGAGUCUACCACUGUCUCCCACCCAGGCGAAGGGGCCGAUGAAGACAGCGCGUUUAUGGAGACCCUCAACUUGCUGCAGGAGGAACUUCAGGGAGUUCGUGAAACUAUAAGGUUUCAUCAGGAGCGACCUCUUUCUCCUGUCCAAGUCACUCGCGUCAGACUCGAUCAAUCUCCCGGGAGUGAGUCCUCCUCUAACAGAGUUGAAGGCGGUGCGAGAGUCCCCGAAUUCGAUGGAGGCGCCAUCAUGGAUCGGAAUGGCCUCGCUCAGUCCCAGCUGAGGAGCCCAACCGCUACGGUUGCACCUAUUGAGGCAACUUGCACUAGACCCGCUUCGGACCGCCCGUUCAGCUCAUACCACUCCUCGUCCUCAUCGUCAUCAUCAGCUCCGGCGCCGCUACCGCUCUAUCUCGUCCGUGGUGGAGCCUCGGUCCCUUCUACUGCCGACUCGUCGCCGCCCUCGACCGUCUCUACUUCAUUCGCCAACUCCGGAGUCCACGUGAGGACCGGCUCGCUGGAUAGUGUGGCUGAGUCCCCGACCAUAGUAGAAGAGAACCGAGAGGAAGAGUAUGAGGAUGACUUUGAAGAAAUCACAUCCGAAAUAUCGAGGAGUCGUCCUGCUAGCCCUGCGGCCAAGUCAGCGACUCCCAGAAUCUCUGUCGCUCUCGAUGAGGUCCUCGAAGAACUCGUACCGGUAGAAGAAGACCUUCUGAACUUCGACAUGCCGCAGCCGGGGAGCAGAGUUGUAGGUCCGAUGAUUGAGUCGAAGACUAACGGGGGAGCUAUAACAUCGUCCUCCCCACGCGGUGGAUCUGCAGUGAUGUCGGCUGUUGGCAUAAGGCAGUCUCCUAGAUGUAUUCAAUGGUCGGCAGUUGCAGCGUCUUAUCGGCAGAGUAGUCCAGAGGCUACAGUUCGGACUCAUGAUGCCUUGACUAGUGCUGAUCCGCCGUCCGUGGUUGGGAGCCUGCUAGGGUGUGAAGGAUUGGGUUCCGUUGUGCAUGAUGUCUUUGAAGAGGCGGUGGGAACGCCUACGCCUCGACCUUCCUCGCAUCAGACGUCGGGUCCAGCUAGUAGUACGUCUUCUAGAGGAGCCACUCCCAGGGAAGUAAGAGUGGGGUAUACAGAACAUCGAAGAGCCACUGGGAGCCUCCCACGGCCACGAGCGGUUGGGGAGAGAGAGACGCACCUGGAAGCGACAGACAAGGCUGAGAGCUCCCACAAGAAACACACUGCUGCGUCUCAAUACGGCUCCAUAGAAGGCAUUGAGAUCCUGGCUUCGGUUGAUCGUUCUGUUCUGUGCCCUACAUUACUGAAUUACCCUUGUCCUCUCUGCCAUAGCCCGGGUCCGGUGGCCGUCCCUGCUGGCCACUCGUUGGAAAGUGGUGCUCGGGAUCUGUGGAUGGAGUGUCUGCCGCACCUGCGCCCACGAAAGCCUGUUGUAUCGCCUCUGGAUAGAUUCCUAACGAAACACUUUAAGCUAGGUCCUAUCUUGAAUGGUUCAGAGGAGGUGGCGACGGAACUGGAACAAGCCUGUAGGCAUUGGCAACGAGGGUUGCAAGCCGCUGACGAGGGUGAAUGGACAGCGGCAAUAGACGCCUAUCGCUUGUCGUUGGAAGCUCUCCCGUCUCGAGGCGGAUUCGAGUACGUCCGUCAUUGGAAUGCUACGCUGCUCUACCAUGCCGGCGGCAACGGUCAGGCUAGAGAUCGAGAGCUGCGAGAAUGGCGGCGACUCGACGACUGGUUUUGUGAUGGAGCGAGGGAAACCCAAGAACAAUUUGCACCCACUGCAAAGGGACGAACCAAGUAUCUCUCUGCUACUCGACCGUUGCUGAUGUCAAACGGUCGUCGGAUUUUGAGUAAGAGACUGAAUUGUCGUGAUUCGAGAGGCAACGCCGAAGCGCCGUUGAUGCACAAUAUUCCUGAUGAUUUACAAGAUUCUGAUUGA